AUGGGCGAGCCAAGUCAAGGCUUGCGGUACUUUGACGGCGGCGACCAUGUCGACUACCGCGAGUACCGGCGAUGGAAGCUUUGGUGCCAGAACAAGUUUCUUGUGAUGGAUAAGUUGCCCAAGUCAGCGAGGGGCAGCUUUGUCUGGACUCUGCUCCAAGGAAAGGCUUUGGAGAUUGUGGAGCACCUCAAGGAGGAGGAGUACCAGAAAGAAGGCGGCGAGACGGCCAUCUUUGCACUGUUGGAUAGACGGUGGCCGGAGCGAGACCGCUCCGACGAGAUGGGCGAAAACAUCACGGAGGUUUUCAUGUUGCGGUCCCGCGAAGGGGAACUGCUUCGAGUGUGGAGCGCCCGGGCGCGCGAAACCUUCGAUCGCUGCCAGCGCAAGACUGGCGUGACAUUCCCAGAGGAGGCCAAGGGCUGGCUGCUCCUGUACAGGAGCGGAAUGUCAGAAGAACAGCGAGCUGUGGUGUUGGCCAGGACGGUUGGCGACCUGAAGUUCGACACGCUCUCGCAGGCCAUGCGGUCUUGCUUCCCGGAGUAUGUCGUCCCCAAGCAGAAGCACUCCGUCCACUACGUCGAGGCCGAGGAGGACGAGUGGUGGACCAGUGCAUAUGGCACCCAGGCCGGCUACGAGGCAUCAGAGUAUCCUGCCGAAGAGCUGCAGGAUCAGGCCUUCAAUGAUGUCGAGAUGUUCUUGGCGGAGCACGACCAAGGACAUGAAGCCGGUGGCGAAACCUACCCCGAGACGGAGGUUGCCGAAGUGCUCGCGGCGACGUGGAAGGAUCGCAGACAGGAGCUGAACAAGCUCAACCGAGCUCGCAAAUUCCACCAGGCCGACGACGUUCGGCGGUCCUUCCGGGUAGAAGUGGAGGAACUGAAGAAACGAACGCAAUGCCGACGAUGCGGAAAAGUUGGCCAUUGGGCCAGGGAGUGCAAGGUCAAACUUCCGCCCGGCGCGGCAGCCAGUUCCGGAGCUUCAGCCCCUGCAGCCGUCAACCUGGUGCAGCAUUUCGUGUGCCACGCGAUUCAGGCCAUGCAGAGCCCUACGAUGCUACAGCGACUCCGCCAACGGCAUGUUGAGAUCAGCGAGGUCCUGCUCGUGUCGAGCCCCGGCUUUGCAGUGCUGGACUCAGGGUGUGGCCGCUCGAUUGUGGGCGCCGACACUCUCCAGGAGUUCCGCGCAAUGUGGGAGAAGCUGGGAAUCGAGCAGCCGAGGACACAGCCGGAGACGAAUGUCUUCCGCUUCGGCAACGGUGCUGAGGAGGUGGCCAAGUACAUCGUCGAGAUGCCCGUGGCCCUCGCUGGAAAGCGAGGUCUCAUCCGAGCGGCCAUCAUCCAUGGCAAGGCCCCUCUCCUGCUGAGCCGUCCGGCCCUGAAGACCUUGGGCGCGCAGAUGGAUUUCCGGAAGGAUGAGCUUAAGCUGUUCGGCGACAAGAGCAUCUCUAUGAAGACCAAUGCGGCCGGGCAGUAUAUGAUUCCGGUGAUGGAGUUCUCCGUGGAGGCGCCCCCACCGAACGAGGUGACGGUCACUCAGGAGCCGAGUGGAGAUGAACAGGGAUGCGCCUCAGUAAGCAAGGAGGAUCAUUGGAUUGUGUCUCAGGAUGGCUUGCAGGUCACUCGAGUACAUUGCCAGCCCCGAACGACCCUGUUCACCCCGAGUAGCGAGCAAUGUCCGAUUCCAGUUGCUAGACUGAGUGCCAAGCGUGUGACCACGUGCAACAGGCCUACGAGUGAUAAGACGUGCAUAGUAGAUGAUUGGAAACUCUCUGAGAAUGCACACCGUGAUCUUGAAUCUGAGCCGUGGCUCGGAACCACGAUGUUUGAGGUGCAAGCGCCGGCAGCUCCUCAGAGCCCCAGUGAACCGCCGACGGAGCCGUGUGAAGUGCACCUGUGUCAAUGGACGCGACAUCAGAAGCGUCAGAUUCGAUCAGCGGCACGGCGCGCUAAGCAGAGGUUAACAGAACCUCAGUCCUCUCCUCCGGCAGAUAAGGUGCAUGUGGUUGAGAUUUUCUCUCCACCCCAAUUCGGGUUGCUAGGGGUUACCCGAGGAUUGAAUUGCAUAGCCGCCGAUCUAGUCACAGGCUGGGAUUUCCGACGUGCCACCGAUCGAGAUCGCAUGCGACAGCUGGUUCAGGAGCAGCGCCCAGAGCUGCUUGUUGUGGGCCAUCCGUGCGCAUGGGUCGGCGGUUGGUAUGAUCUAGCUAGUUGUCAUCUAGAGGAUAAGGAGCGCCGUUAUCGGGAACUGAUUACCAAGUUGUUUCUGAACUUCGGAGCUGAGCUAGCUCUGCUCCAGCUAGAUGCCGGCGGCCGGGUGAUGAUGGAACAGCCCAGACAGGGAUCGGUGUGUAACCUGCCCAAGUGGAAGGCAGCUUGUGAUCGCAUGUAUGCUGUUCAGCUCGACAUGAGCUCAUACGGCCUGAAGUCAGAGACCGGCGAUCCCAUCAGAUCACCCACUCGCCUGCUGGUGUCGCAUGCCAAUAUGCGAAGCUUGAGCCGGACAUGCCCAGGAGAAGCAGCUCCGGAAGUGAAUUCUCGAACUAAGUCCGCAUAUCGUUCCAUCGGGGUUUAUCCUACUUUGUUCGUGCGAGCUGGACUUCGCACGGUCAAGGAGCUGUCCUGUUUUGGGGCGUGUCUAGUGCAAUCUGUGCCCGACCAAGAGUGCCUUGUGUCGGCCCGCGUCGAGGAGCUCAAUGCUCAGCGGAAAGACCAGAUGACUGCUAGCUUGCGGAAAUUGCACAAUAACUUGGGUCAUCCGACCAAUGCUGUGUUGAUUCGAAUUCUCAAGCAUGGAGGCGCCAACCAGGCUGCCAUUGAUCUUGCCCGAGAGCUCAAGUGUGAGCUUUGUGAGUCUCAACGACAACCGCGCCCGGCACCGCUGGCUCAAGCGCAGCGGGUGACGGAGUUCAACCGUAGGGUUGGGAUAGAUGUCAAGUAUCUGCCUGGCUGGUUACCCAACCAGAAAAUCCCUGCCGUGAACAUUGUUGACUACGCAUCCUCGUUCCAAGUCAUGGUUCCUCUUAGUGCCAAUCGUGAAACAGCAGAGUUGAUUCGACAAGCAUUGCAAGAUCGCUGGAUCACAUGGGCAGGUGUGCCACAUGAGCUGGUAGUCGACCCCGCUCGCACAAACCUUGCCGAAGCCCUGACCACGCCGCAAGAGCUGCAUGGUUCCGUGGUAGCCACCACGGCCGCCGAAGCCCACUGGCAGCUAGGGAAGGUCGAGGUCCACGGUGGGUGGUUCUCACGGGUGUUGCAAAAGGUCAUAGCCGAGCAUGCACCGAGUGAUCGCCGUAGUUGGGAGGAGUGUGUUACCGCUGCACAUUGCAAGAACGAGCUUAUCCAAGUAUACGGCAUGACUCCUGCCCAAUUCGUCUUUGGCAAAAAUCCUCGCAUUGCAAGCGACCUCAUGAGUGAACCUCUCGAAGUGGUUCCCGCAACAGCUUCUCUUUAUGAGGAGUCCCUGGCCAGGUGUGUGGCAGUCCGCCAAGCAGCCCGAAAGGCAGUCAUUGAGCUUCAAGACGACAAGGCGUUGCGACUUAGUCUUAGUGCUAGGCCUCGGGUUCUUGAGCACUUCGAGCCAGGAUCUAUGGUUGCAUACUGGAGAACGCAGAAGAGCCAGCAGGGUGAGACGAGCAACUUCGGAGGAGCAGAUCACCCCGAAGUAGCCCCAAGAGAUUCCGAAGCUGAUGUACCAAUACCCCCAGCCAAUGCCGAGGGAUCUAGGCUCCAGGAGGCCAUGCGGACAGUGGUGUGGGGUCUAGGUCCGUAUGCACUGCCAAGACGGGUAACUAGCAGCAGUGAGCAGUCAGAGGCAUACGGCCCCGCGCGCCGAGUUCCACGCAAGAGCCGUCCCGAGCUCUUGCUGCGUCCCCAGGGCAUGCUUCAGGAUGAUUUUUCCGAGCUGAUGAGAGAAGUGCUUCCAGAGUUGAUCAAUCAAACCAUUGAAGCCACAGCAUCCCCUGAGUCCGUUCCCGCAUCCGAUCCUCGCCGAGGUGAGAAGCGAGAAGCGUCCGCCGAGCCUGAACCGGCUCCCGAGCGUCGAGUCGCACCACGCAGUGACUCGAGUGAAGCCGCAACCGAGGACUUAAGUGCAGAAGUCCUCCUCGCUGAACACCUAGAGUUGCCUUCUCCUCAAGCCAAAGCCAUGAGCAUCGAAGCCUUGCUGGUUGCCAACUUCAAUAAGAAGCAGUCCAAGGAACUUCCUGCUGUCGGCAAUCCACUCGAGUUGCAGAAUAAAGUAGAUGAAGCCAAGGUCUUAGAGUGGUCCACGGUGCAGGGUAGAAAUGCGACUAGGUUGGUUCUAGGCAAGGAAGCGCAACAGGUCCGUCAGAAAAUGUCACACCGUAUCAUGGGUAGCAGAUUUGUGGUCACGGUUAAGCAAGAGGAAGAUGAGGCCCCAAGGGUUAAGGCUAGGUGGUGUCUUCAGGGUCACCUGGACCCAGACCUGCACCGAAAGGCCCUUGCCGGGGACCUCCAGAGUCCCACGUUGUCCCAAGUCGGUCGGUCUGUACUGUUUCAGUUGAUUGCUUCGCAUAAGUGGUCUCUCAGACUUGGUGACAUCAAGGGAGCGUUUCUCUCUUCCGGUGAAUUACCGUCAACAUACCGACCGCUGUAUGCCCGUUUGCCACCCGGUGGCAUUCCUGGUGUGCCCGAAGAUGCAUUGAUAGAAGUGCUGGGCCAUGUCUAUGGACUAAAUGACGCGCCGUCCGCAUGGCAAAGGACACUGAAUAAGGCACUAGUCGAUGCCGGGUUUGAGCGUAGUCGGUUUGACCCUUGUAUCUAUUACAUGAGGGAGAAUGGUGUGCUGACCGGCAUUUACGGUGUUCACGUCGAUGACUGUGCCACCGGCGGACAGGGUGAGAAGUAUGAGCGUGCACUUGAAUUCUUACGAGCACGUUUUGAAUUCCGCAAGUGGAGGCUCGGUGAUGGAGACUUUUGCGGGGCUCGCUAUAGACAGGAUCCCCAGACCUUUGCCAUUACCAUGUCACAAGAUGGGUUCGUCGAAAAGCUCCGUCCAUUGCAUCUCAGCCGCAGUCGACAGGCCGAGCGGGAUUCCCCUCUCACGAGCGAUGAGACCCGAUGUCUCCGGGCGAUUAAUGGAGGGCUAAAUUGGCUCGCCACGCAAUCGCGCCCCGAUCUGUCGACACAGGUGUCCUUUUCACAACAGGCAUUCCCUGAACCAUGCGUGCAAGACGCUCUGGCAGCGAACAAUGCUAUCCGCCGGGCCCGGCAGAACACUCAGCUUCCACUGACUUUUCAACCUGUUGAUCCACACCGCCUGAGUGUCAUGGUUCAUUCGGAUGCCGCCUAUGCGAACGGACGAGACGGUGCCACCCAAGCCGGGUACAUAGUGGGCUUCACUGAUAAAGCUAUGAAUGAGGGCACCCUCUGCAGUUGGACUCCAGCAUACUGGCGUAGCUAUCGACUUCCCAGGGUGGUUAAUUCCACACUUAGCGCCGAAGCCCAGGCAAUGUCUUCUGCUACAGGUAUGCUAGAAUGGAUUUUGCUGCUAGUGUCUGAAGCCCUCGACGGUCCUUCGUCACUCCGUUGUGUUUGGCAAAAGGCGUCUCUUCGUACGAGCAUUGCCCUAACUGACUGCAAGUCACUUUACGACCACCUGACCUCCAAGUCGGCCCCGACUCUGGAUGAUAAACGUACUGCCCUAGAUGUGGUCAUAGUGAGGGAUAGUCUUGAAAAGACGCAUGCCAACUUGCGGUGGAUACCCACUGAUCGGAUGGUGGCAGACGCCCUUACAAAGGAGUCACCAGAAGCCAUGGACCUGAUGAGAGCUUGCCUCAGGGCCGGACAGUAUCAGAUCAGUGAUGAAGACGAUGUUCUCGAGCUGAGAGCGUCCGAGAGGGCACGCCGCAAAGAAAGGGCCGUAGCCAUGCCAACUAACUCCAAGCAGACCGGCGAGUGGCAGCAUGUCAGCCACCCGGCCAAGGACAUCAUCCCCUUCUCCGUGCAGGACAAGGAGACCGCAACCGAGAUCAUGUCCCGCGCCUUCCUCGUGGGCGAAGGCGAGAGCAUCUGGCGGGAUGCCUUGAUGAAGUUCCGCGAGCGACGGGACAAGUUCCAGAUGGAUGGGACUUGGCCACUUGUGUGUGCCCAGUUUGCCCGCCGCCAUGAGCUUCCGGCAGGAACCACCAGUGGCGGCACUAUGGCCGACUCCUCCAAGCGCCUUCGCACAGAUGAUGAUGAUGACCUCGACGUCCUCACCGACGUGGACGCCCCCCGGACGCCUCGGAUGUUGGUUGCCUCAGCACCUCCAGUGAGCAGUGCUUCCCCUGGAGCUCGAGGAGCCCCGUCUGAUGCCGAGCCAAAGCCGGUUCCAGGAACAGGCUUCAUGAAAGGAGAGCGCACCAUGCGCUCCUCGGUGCCAGAGGCCCCUCACGGACCUCCGUUCCCUCUUCCGGUGAACUACCAGGGUAACUUCCCCCCGGACAUCCACAGCUUGGACCAAUGGGGAAAGACGAUCAUCACGUUCGGGAAGUACGCCUCCAAGAACAUCACGUACAACGACCUCACACAUCUGGACGACGACCAGAGCCGCUCCUACAUCCGAUGGUGCAUUCCUCGCAACAAGAGCGGCGGCGAUAAGCUGCAGGAUUUGGCGAACUACCUUAUCGAGCGUCGCCGCGCCGGCAUGUUGUCGAUGGAGUCACCCCGAAGCGUGGCUACGUCUUCGGUGUCUUCUACCUCCUUCACACGCCUCUUCCACAGUCCGACUCCCUGA